AUGGCCACACCAAGGCCGAAAAGUGCAUGUUGCCCCGAAACGGUGGACGCAUCGGAGCUCGAGCAGGCCUUGACGGCCAGGGAGUCUUGGACGGUUGAGUGGAGAGGCGUGGACGUGCUCGACAUUGUCAGCAACAACAACGACACCAACGGCAAUGACAGUCGUGCUGGGAUCGUUCCGGUUUCGAGACUUGCUCAGCACGACCUGCUGGUUCCAUUCAGAUUGGAUGUUGUCAUCGCUGAUGAGACGCUGAAAUUAUGGCAGCGGGAAAUGGUGACCACCCGGGGCCGAAUGAAGCGAUUUGAAGCGAACGAGCCUCACGAGGCCGUCGAUUCGAUGAUCAGGGAGCUGCAUCGCCUCUCGCGGAGCUGGCAUAUUCUUUUUCGCAAAGUCUCAGAAUUUGAAGCGCAUCUCGACUUCUUGCGGGAUGUGCAGAUGAGGUAUGCAUCCCUUGCCGAGGGUCUGAUACAGAGCACAAGUCAGCCCAUUGAAGGGUCCAGCGACUCAAUGGCAUUCCUGACGUCAAGCUGCCGGUCCCUAAGAUACCUCAUUGCAGACUAUAGGGACCGUACAGCAACGCAGAUCAACCUGCUUUUCCACCUUGCCAACCAGGCCGAAAGUCGAGACAACAAAGAGAUAGCGGCGCAGAACAAGGAGAUUGCGGAACUUACGGCAAGAAUUGCGCAGCAGACUCAGUGUGACAGCGCAUCCAUGAUCACCAUUGCCGCGGUGACCAUGUUCUUCCUCCCCGGAACUUUUGUGUCGUCGUUACUUAGCACUGUCGUGUUCAACUUCGACAACAACGGCAUCAGCGUGUCGCAGAUGUGGUGGGUAUUGCCUGCCACUGCCAUACCUCUGACUGUAUUUGUCUUCGGGAUCUGGUUGUUGUGGCUGCGACGAAGGCUUUCGCAUGAUCAAAACGCAGUUGUGUUCAAAAAUAGCGCCAUAGAGAAUCAACGCUUCGUAAGCUAG